AUGCGGCUCGAAUGCCCAGAGACAUUAAAGCUAAAUUUAUGUGAGAAUGGAGGAACAUGUCUUGCCAUUACAUCCAACGGACAGGAUAUGAUGUACUUCUGCAAAUGUGCUGAAGGAUUCACUGGAAUAGCUUGUGAGUAUUCAGACCAGCUUUUGAGCACUGUAAGUGAUUGCCCACCACAUAUGUCGAGAGAAUACUGCUUAAAUAAUGGAACAUGCAAUAAGGAUAUAAUUUCAGAUGUAUCAGGCUAUUAUUGUGUCUGCCCUUAUCCAUUUCACGGGGAGAGAUGUGAACUGAGGUUCCCCACAGAGUCACAUUGUCCAGAUUUCAUUCAAAAGCAGUUAUGUUCACAGCAUGCUACCUGUAUUGAAAUCACGUUGAACGACUUUGUUAUUUACUACUGUGAAUGUUUAGAAGGGUUCUACGGAUUAAGAUGUGAACAUACUUCUAUAACAACAGCAGAAAUUGGAGAAAUGGUUUGUCCACCUCCUCUGGACUCAAUUUUAUGCUUGAAUGGUGGAACAUGUAUUCAAAUAAUAACAAAACAACUUCACAAACUUCACUUUUGCGAGUGCGUAGUGGGUUUCUAUGGACUGUCUUGUGAAUAUCCAUACCCUCCUAUACGCAGACUUAAGUGCCCAUCAGUGAUAGCUGAUACUCGCUGUUUAAAUGGUGGUACAUGUUUCAUGAUGAUUAUAAGUGGUGUGCCAGCGUAUUACUGUGUUUGCCCUAGUCAAUAUCAUGGAGACAAGUGUGAAUCUAAAAGUGCUCGAAAGUUUGAUAUUCAGGAUUCCUCAGGUACUCAGUGCCCAAACAAUAUUGCAAAAUCUUACUGUCAGAAUGGUGGUACAUGUUACAUGGAAUUUAGCACUGUGGGUGAGCCAGUCUACUAUUGUGCCUGCUCUAGUCCUUAUUAUGGUGAAAGGUGUGAAGAGAAAGUUCACCGCCGUUCCCUACAUCUGCCUGCUGAGAUAAAUGGUACAUGCUCACCAUUAAAGGCAGCUAUAAAGUGUCAGAAUGGUGGUACAUGUGUUACAAAUGUGACCAGUGGUGAGACAAUUUCCUAUUGUGUUUGUCCUGCACCUUUCUAUGGAGAGGAGUGUGAAUUCAGCUCUCUAAUUUCAAAUUACCGCUCCAAGCGUUCUUCAAAACUCCCCUGUCCACCAGAAAAGAAUGAUUAUUGUCGGAGUGGUGGUACAUGUUACAUGACUGAGACACGGGAGGUCUUUUGUGACUGCCCACCCAAUCGCAUUGGAUAUCGGUGUGAAUUUAAUUUCGGGAUACGCAGUGGAAGACUACCUUGCCCGGAAGAUUUGGAUGUCAACUUCUGUCAAAAUGGUGGUACAUGCUAUAUGGAGAGUGGCAUUGGUUCUCCUAGAGUCCAUUGUAUUUGUACCCCACAUUACAGUGGAAAGAGAUGUGAACAAAAUGUUUAUUACCAUUCUUACAGUGGCCAGUGUUCUGCAGAAAAUGCUAAUAAGCUUUGUAAAAAUGGUGGCACAUGUUCAGCGUAUACUUUUACUGGUGAUACAAUAUAUUAUUGUCAUUGCCCUUACCCCUUUUAUGGCAAAACAUGUGAGCUGAAAUACACAGAACCAUUCAGUUGUCCAACAGAUCUCCAAGCAUCACUGUGUCUGAAUGGUGGUUUAUGUGUAGAAGCAAAAUCAAAUGAGCAUUAUAUUUACUGGUGUCAGUGCCCAGAAAAUUACUAUGGAGCUAGAUGUGAGCACAUUCAGCGAAGACAACUUUUUUGUCCACCACCUUUUAAUACUGUUUUGUGCAAGAAUGGUGGUUCUUGUGUCAAUGCCAUAGACAGUGAAGGACAACAAAUUUUUUUCUGCCAGUGUGCUAAAGCGUUUACAGGACCAUCUUGUGAAUAUUCUCUCCCUUAUGUGCCUACACUAACUGAUGUCUGCCCACCAGUUAUGAAAGCAACCUUCUGCCUGCAUGGUGGAAAAUGUCAAGUGAAUCGAUUCAUGGACAGUCUGACAUAUUUUUGUAGGUGCCCUUAUCCUUAUCAUGGUGAGAGAUGUGAGCAUAUGUUUUCUGCUGUAUCACCUUGUUCACAGAGUGUUGGUUCUUGUCUAUGCUGCAAUGGUGGUGAGUGUUCCAAAAUAACCUUGGAUAACUGUGGCAUUUACUACUGUGGUUGUGCAGAAGGCUACUAUGGAGCUAGAUGUGAACAUGCUCAUGAAACACAACAGGAAUGCCCACGCCCCUUUAGUACUGAAUUGUGCAAGAAUGCUGGCACAUGUGUAUCCAUCAUGACCAAUGGCAAGCAGAAUCUUUACUUCUGUAAAUGUGUAGAAGGAUUCUAUGGAAUGUCCUGUGAAUACCCCUAUCCAGCACUACAGUUAUCAUGCGUCCAAUGUCCUCCGUAUGUUACAAGAAGCCUUUGUUUAAAUGGUGGUAAAUGUUGUAUGGAUAUUGUUGUUGGAGAGCCAAUCUACUACUGUGUUUGUCCUGAGCCAUACUAUGGUGAGAUGUGUGACCUGAAACAUUCCCAAGAAUUAAGUUGUUCAUUGCCAUUCAGACUAUUUUUAUGCCUAAAUGGUGGUUCAUGUGUUCAAGGGAAAUCAAAUGGCUAUAACAUUCAGUGGUGUGAAUGCACAAGAGGAUACUAUGGAGCAAGAUGUGAACACGUUCAAAAUCAUACUGCAAGCAAUGUACUUAAAUGCCCCCCUGAUUUAGAGACAGAUUUAUGCAAAAAUGGUGGUACAUGUGUGGGUAUAGUAUCCCCUGCUGACCGCGACUUAUUCUUCUGUGAAUGUCCAGAAAGGUUCUAUGGGUUAUAUUGUGAAAACUUACAUACACCUGUACCUUCCGCAGUUGUGUGUCCACAUGAAGAAAUAGCACCAUAUUGCCUACAUGGAGGUACAUGCCUUUUUGAUGCCUUUCAGUUAUUGUACUACUGUACUUGUGCUUAUCCUUUUGCUGGUGAAAGAUGUGAAUACAUGCAUCCUGUGCAGUCAUCUUGCCCACAGUCCCUUGCUAAGCACUUGUGCCUUAAUGGUGGCACAUGUAUUCAUAUAAGACUGACCCAUUAUGGAAUUUACUUUUGUAAAUGCACAGAAGGGUUCUAUGGAAGUAAGUGUGAAUACAAUUCUGAAGAUGCAGGUGUCCAUACAUUUAAGUGUCCACAUCCAUUGGAUUCAGAAUUGUGUAAGAAUGGUGGAACAUGUUAUGGUGUAGCUCAGUCUAUUAAUCGUCAAGAACUCUAUUUUUGUAAGUGUCUAGAAAAUUUCUAUGGACUUUCAUGUGAACAUCAACAUGUUCAUGAGGCAAAUAAAGGAAAGGAAUGCCCACCAGAAAUCGAACGACAUUUCUGUGAAAAUGGUGGUACAUGUUAUGCAGUGAAUAUUGAAGGAAUUCAUGUUUACUAUUGUGAAUGUCUUGAUCCAUACUUUGGUGGAAGAUGUGAGCUCUUUAAUACAAAGCCGCAGUCUUGCCCGUGGAUAUUAGAUCAAUUUUUAUGUCUCAAUGGUGGUAUAUGUUCUUCCUUAUUACAAAAAACUCAUCAAUGUGACAUAUACUAUUGUGAGUGUAAGGAAGGAUAUGGCGGACAUAGAUGUGAAAAUAAGAUAUUCCCUGAGAUAGAGACAGAGUAUUGCAGUCAACCUGGUAGUGAUUGGUUCUGUCUUGGCAAUGGUAUAUGUUUUCAAGAAGUAAUUAAUGGACAAAACAUUUAUCACUGUGACUGUAAGACAGAUUUUGUUGGAGAGAGGUGUCAACUGGGCAUUAAAGGGAAAUCAAAACCAUGUUCAUAUGGAUAUAAUGAGGUAUUUUGCCUGCAUGGUGGCACAUGUUUUCAAACUUCAGUCGAUAAAGUAACAAUGUUUUACUGUGAAUGUCAAGAUGGUUUUAUUGGAGAACGUUGUGAAUACAAGCAGCCCAGAAUUAGAGAUUGUUGUCCAGUAUCCAUAGAUAGAAUAUUAUGUCUGAAUGGUGGGACAUGUUACAAAGAAAAUAUCCAGCAGCAGGAUUAUUACAUGUGUGCAUGUCAAGGGCACUACUUUGGACCCAGAUGUGAAUAUAAGCCAGUGAGUACAGAAACCUGUCAAUCAGAUUUAGCUGAAAACUUCUGCCUGAAUGGUGGCACAUGUUAUUCCUUUCUGUUUGAAUCAGUCACAGUCUAUUAUUGUCAAUGUACAGAUGGACACUAUGGAGGAAGGUGUGAACAUGCAGUAAAUAAUACUUUAGUAGAAGGACUCUGCUCAGCAGACAUAGCUGACUGGUUUUGUGCAAAUGGUGGAACAUGUUUUAAUAUUCUAGUGUUGAAUGAGCCAUUUUAUUAUUGUGAAUGCCCAAAUCAAUACACUGGGGCAAGAUGUGAGUCUAAAUUGUCUACUGAAGCUGUUACGUGCUCUGUAAACAUUAGUGAAGUAUUUUGUCGCUUGGGCAGUGAAUGCUAUGAUAUGGUGAUAGGGGGUACAAUGUUUCACUACUGUGAUUGUGCUGAAGGUUACAGAGGUAUGAGGUGCCAGUAUGAAAAAUACAAACAUAACUGUCCAACAAUUUUGGCAACAGAAUUUUGCUUAAAUGGUGCUACAUGUCAUGUGCUUUUUUUCAAAGGUCAUGUUGUUUAUUAUUGUGAAUGUACAACUGAAUACUAUGGACUAAGAUGUGAGACUAAAUUUCCAUACUCUGAAGGUAUAGCGUAUCCAUGUGAAGAGACAUUUGGUGCACAUUACUGUCUGAAUGGUGGAACAUGCUAUGAAAUAGAUCAUCCAGAUGAAAAAGUGACCUUUUGUGAGUGUCCAGAGGGCUACAAUGGGUUAAGGUGUGAAUUUUCUGAUUAUCAACCUGUAGAUAAGCCAGAGUGUCCACCUCCAUUACAUGACACCUUCUGCAAAAAUGGUGGCACUUGCUAUUUGGCACCAUUUAACACUACUGGCAGUCCCUACAUAUGUGAAUGUCCAGAAGGAUAUCAAGGUGCGCAGUGUGAAUUCCAUGCAGGUGAAGAAGUUACUGGUAAUUGUUAUCCUCCACACAAUGAAAGUUUCUGCCUUAAUGGUGGAACUUGUUAUCAAGAGGAACCAGGACCAGAUGCAGAUCGUGUGUGCUACUGUCCUGCAAACUAUUAUGGGCCAAGAUGUGAGUCCAGUGCUACACUUUUAGCAUUCCAGUGUCCACUAGCCAUUGCUUCUAAUUUCUGUUACAAUGGUGGAACAUGUUAUCAGGCAGAUCAUGGACCUGACACAAUUUAUUUUUGUCACUGUCCUGAGGACUACAGGGGCUUAAGAUGUGAAUAUGGACCUGAUACGAGUGUAAAUCAGACAAAAUUGUGCCCUCCUCCACUUAAUGAGGGCUAUUGUCAUAAUGGCGGAACAUGCUACCAGAUGGACAAUGGGACUAAUACAUUUUACUUUUGUGAAUGCGCUAGUGGGUUCACAGGCCCAAGAUGUGAACAUUGGUCGCGGAAUGUAGAACAGUGUGACUUUCCAUUAGAUACAACUUUUUGUUUUAAUGGAGGUACGUGCAAUCAAGUGAAAAUUCCAGAGUCUACAGUUUAUUACUGUGAAUGUACAACAGACUUUUAUGGACUUAGGUGUGAAAUUCGCAUGCCUUGUGCAGGGUCUGUAAUUAGACGAUGUGACAGGGAAAAAGAAAAGGAUUUCUGCCUUAAUAAUGGCUUGUGCUAUGAAUCAGAAUGUGGAGAUAACACAGUUCUUGCCUGUACCUGUCCAAAGGGCUAUACAGGAGUAAGGUGUGAAUUUCCACCUGCAAGAAGACUAGGGUGUCCGUAUCCUCUAGACAGCUAUUUCUGUCAGAAUGGAGGAAAUUGUGUCGCCCUACUGUUUCAGGGUCAUGCUUUGUUUGGUUGUCAUUGUCCACAAGGUUACAGUGGAGAGAAGUGUGAAUUGGAUAUGAGUUCUAAGCACGAAUUUUGUCCCAUUCAGUUUGGAGAAAUUUUUUGCCUCAAUGGUGGGAUAUGUUAUGAAACAUCACUUAUGAAUGAAGUGGUGUACUACUGUGAAUGUCCAGAUGGGUAUUGGGGUGAAAGAUGUGAAUUUAGUGGUACCCUCAAAUUCCCCUGUCCAAAGUCACUGGGCAAUAUAUUCUGUCUAAAUGGCGGUUUUCUAGGCAUACUUGGCAAUACAAUGGGGGCUCGAACAGUACUUGGAGUGCAUUGCCUGCAGAAGGAGCAGCUACACUAUGAACGUCAUAUUUGUGGGCAACCUGAGGUAGGAGGUGUCACAUUACUGUCAGCGUGGCUAUGUGGAGCAGAGUGGCGUAACAUCUCUGACUCUGUAUAUGAGGAUCGCUGCCCUACAAGGCGAUAG